CAUCACUAUAAAAUAAAAUUCAUUGCAGUCAGAUUCAGAGGGCAAUAAAGUGAUUUGUAGGUUGCCUUUCCUGUUAUUUAUUACCAUUGUGAAACGUAAUUAGUGUGAAUUAUUUAAAAGCAGUUUAAUAAUACGUUUGUGACGAUACAAAACUUUGAAAAACAAAGUUUCAAAAACCGUACCAUAGGUAACCUAACCUCUCAUCUGAAAAUGUCUGUGGCUACAAUAAGUUCUAAUGAAAAUUUUGUGAAUUUUACAAAGUCUCCAUCCUUGACCGUAGUACAUUUCGCUGCUACAUGGGCCGACCAGUGUGGUCAAGUAACAGAGGUGCUUAACGAACUAUCAAAGGUGCCUGAAGUUCAAAACAGUGGGAGCAAAUUCGCUGUAUGUGAUGCUGAAAAUCUGUCUGAAAUCUCAUUGCAAUAUAAGGUUGACUCUGUACCGACUGUAAUUUUAUUCAAGAACGGACAACAAGUUGACAGAAUUGACGGAGCUGAUGCUGCCCAAAUUACUUCCAAAGUUAAAAAACACAGCCUUGGCAAAGGAGCAGCCCCUCAGGCAGCACCACAGAAAUUGGAGGAUAGAUUGAAAGCUCUCAUAAAUAAACACAAUGUCAUGGUCUUCAUGAAGGGCACAAGGGAUGCACCACGAUGUGGAUUUAGUAGAACUCUCAUUCAAAUAUUAAACGGCUCAGGGGUUCAGUAUGACACCUUCGAUAUUCUUACUGAUGAAGAAGUACGCCAAGGGCUGAAAGAAUACUCAGAUUGGCCCACAUACCCCCAGUUAUAUGUAAAAGGUGAACUAGUUGGUGGACUAGAUAUUAUUAAAGAGCUACAAGCAAACGGUGAACUAGAAUCUACACUUAAUGCUUAAUUAGUGAACUAGAUGGUUUUUAUUUAUUUAAAUAAAUUUUUGGGGUCUUUUUAA